AUGUUUAAACCUUCAGAGCACCUACGAGCAAUGGACGACCAUGAUGAAAGCAGCUUGGGCUCCGACUCGUCGUCGUCGUCGGGAAUAGAUCCUUCCUCGCUUCGAAGCAGCAGUAUUGAAAAGCACGAAGACGAACCGGAUGAAUCCAAACAACGGGUUGCCAAGACGGAAACGAGGCAUGUCCUCUACUCCAAGAUCCUCGUGGGUAUCGUCCUCUGUGCUUCGGCUGCCUUUGCCGGCGUCUUUACGUACAAGUUCAUUAGCAACCAGGAAACGGCAGAGUUUCAGCAAAAGUACGAGUACUAUGCGGAUGAACUGAUCAGCGUCUCGGAAACCAAGGCUACCGAUGCCUUUCUCCACUUGGCAACGUUUGGUGUCGAGAUUACCUCACUCGCCAGUUAUGGUGGUAUGCAGUGGCCAUUCGUGACGGUGGACGACUACCAUGUCCGCGCCAGUGACUUUGGCAAUCUCACCGGAGCCAUAUACGCUACCAUUUGCCCCAUUAUCGAAGAGCCCGAGCGAGAGGCAUGGGUCAACUAUUCCCUGACCGAAAGCAACAAGGAAUGGCUCCAUGAAGGAUACGACUAUCUCGGCAUUACAGACGGUGACGAUACCAUUGUCCCCUUUUUGUUCAACUUUGACGCUGUAAAUGGGACCAUUGCGCCCGUCACCGAGCCGGGUCUGGUCACGACGCUGUCGCAGAUCUUCCCCACUACCAAUGCCUUUGUCAACUUUAAUCUGGACAGUAUGCCAGUCUUUGCAGAACCCAAGAGAGCGUCCAGCAAAGCACGGAGAGGCAUCCUCACGGCAUUGGAUUUGGCCGAUGUCAACAUGGUGGACUUUCCCACCAGUUUGGUCUUUGAACCCAUCAUGGAAUCUUUUGCGGAAGACGACAGUGCCGCCAUUGUGGCAUACUUGUUGGUCCACUUUCCGUGGAACAUUUUCUUUGACAAUGUCCUCUCGGAUGACUCGCAUCCCGUCCAAGUCGUCGUGUCCAACGAAUGCGGCGGGGUCUUUACUCUGGCCAUUGUGGGCGCCAAUGUCGAGUUUCUGGGACAUGCCGACCUCCACGAUCCUUCCAUGAAUGAGUGGGUCGUCACCAGUCCGUUUGCCAAACACUCCAACAUUUACCCCAGUGCGACGGAAGCCGACGGCGAAUCACGAUGCCUCCAUCACCUCUAUAUCUAUCCAUCGUCCCAAAUGAAAGCCGAUUACGAGACAUGGCUUCCCAUUACCAUGAGCAUUUUUGCCAUUCUCAUCUUUGCUUUGGUAUCACUCGUAUUCAUCUCCUAUGACUUUAUCCUCCAAAGACAAAACCGCAAAGUGGCCGAGACGGUCCAACGCAGCAACGAACUCGUUACUGGACUCUUUCCCAAAGAAUACCGCGAACGGCUGUUUGGCAAGGAAAACGGGGAAGAGGGAGUAUUCCUGCAAAAGACGCGCGCCAACAAGAGUCCGCUCCUGGCCAGUCGACGCGGCGAAAGCUUGUUUGCCGAUCGUGGAGACGGACCGGAAAUGUACACCACUCCACCUGUGGCGGAUCUCUUUAGCGACUGUACCGUCAUGGAGGCCGACAUCGCGGGGUUCACAGCAUGGUCUUCCACCCGCGAACCCACCAUGGUCUUUGAGCUCUUGGAGACUCUGUACAGGGCAUUCGAUGAGAUUGCAGAACGAAGAAGAGUGUUCAAAGUUGAAACGAUUGGCGAUAGUUACGUUGCUGUUGCGGGGCUUCCAACGCCGCGCCGAGACCAUGCAAUAAUUAUGGCACGCUUCGCGCAUGAUUGUCUGAUGAAAAUGGUCUCGUUGACCAACGAGUUGGAGGUUCGACUUGGACCUGGAACUGCGGCUCUCUCAAUGAGGGUCGGCCUCCACAGUGGGCAAGUAACAGCUGGUGUGCUGCGAGGGGAUAAUCUCAGGUUCCAGCUCUUUGGUGAUACCCUAGAAACUACUGAACUUUUGGAACAGAAAGGUGGCAAAAACAAGAUCCACAUUAGUGAAGAGACAGCGGAACUUUUGCGUGCGGGGGGCAAACCUCAUUGGCUCCAACCCAGAGAAGAAAAAAUUGCUGUUCGCUCGAAAGGAAUGGUGCAGUCCUAUUGGGUCUUUCCCAAGAAUAGCAGUGAUGCAUCCAGCACGUACAGCGGAUCGUCAUUUGAAUCCCCCAACAUGGGCAUCUUGGACAACAAGCGCAAGUCAUCAUCCAAGCCCCUUUUGCGAAACAGUGAGGCGGAAGUGCUUGCUUUUACGGAUGACGCAAGCGCUGAUCAAGAUGACUUGUUGGACCUCAAGACCCAGCGUCUGGUGGACUGGAACGUUCAGAUUUUGUCCAGGCUUCUAAAGCAAGUCAUGGCCAAGCGACAAGCUGCAGGAACGUGUGAGUCAUCGGAACCACUGUCGGAAGAGGAGCUUGCGACGGUGGGGAACGGCAAGACGCCGCUCGACGAAGUCAAAGAAAUUGUUCAGCUUCCGAUAUAUUGUGCCGCCACGAAGGAAGUCAACUAUGAGGACGUUGAGUUGAUCCCAGUUGUUAAGCAGCAACUGCAUACUCUCGUGUAUUCGUUUGCCUCCUGGUAUCGAGAUGAGAACGCCUUCCACAGCUUUGAGCAUGCAAGUCAUGUCACACUGUCAGUUACAAAGUUGCUUUCUCGUAUCGUCCGCCCCGAGGCUGUGCAUGAUUCCCCUUCCGACGAUGCAGAAGCGAAACUCCAUGAUCAUACAUAUGGGUUAACUUCCGAUCCAUUGACACAGUUUGCUGUCGUGCUGUCCGCCCUGAUACAUGACCUCGACCAUCCUGGAGUGCCCAAUGCGACCCUGGUAAAGGAAGCUACCGAGCUCGCAGGCAAAUACAAAAACAAGAGUGUGGCGGAGCAACACAGCGUGGAUCUAGCGUGGGAACUCUUGAUGAGUGACAAGUACAAGGAACUGCGCAGUUGCAUCUAUACCACACAAGCAGAACUAGAACGCUUCCGCUCCAUCAUCAUCAACGUUGUGCUAGCUACUGACAUUGCAGACAAGGAUUUGGGUGCCCUGAGAAAGGCUCGGUGGAACAGAGCAUUCAAGCUGGGUGAUGCCACAGAUCAUUCGGAUGAAAACCCAAAGGAUGAAGUGGAUCGCAAGGCCACCAUUGUCCUGGAGCAUCUUAUACAAGCUUCCGAUAUUGCGCACACAAUGCAACAUUGGCAUGUCUUCCGAAAGUGGAACGAGCGGCUUUUCCAGGAGAUGUAUCAAGCCUACACGGAUGGGAGAUCCGAUACCAAUCCUUGCAGCUUUUGGUACGAGGGAGAGAUUGGAUUUUUUGAUUUCUACAUCAUUCCUCUUGCAAAGAAAUUGAAGGAUUGCGGUGUCUUUGGGGUCUCCAGUGCUGAAUACUUGGAUUAUGCAUUGGCAAAUCGGGAGGAGUGGGUACAACGCGGGAGAGAUGUUGUGGCGGAGUAUGAAACAAAAUUUGUCAACGUCACCCAGAUGAUUGAUGUGUAG